AUGUAUAUUAUAUUUUUAUGAGCGUUGUUGCCUGAAACCAGAUCUUUUGCCUUAGAUUUACAGUAAUAAAGGAAUAGCACGAACAGCACGAAACCGCUCGGAGAAAUGAUUGGUGCCUUUUUUGUUUAGAAGUUUUGUGUCACUUCAGGAAUUUGCUUGCAGUCGAGGAAUUUUCUUUUUCGUCACUGACUUUAAGUCCUGACAUUCGAUUUGAUUUGCCGUUGGAUGUAUUGAUCUCCCAAAGCAUGUGGAACGGAUUACUAUACUGACCCUGAACCAGUUCACCUGCAGCCCCUGAGAAACUCCAUGAAAUUAAUGUAAUUCUUUGAAGGAGAACCACACAACAGCCUUUCCGAUGGUGAUCACUUCAUCCGUGGAGGAGAAGCCGCAGUCUUCGAACAGAAUGGUCGCCAAUCUGUCGACCGACUCCUGGGUCGGCAGUUCGGAUCAGAAUCGAUUUGUACCGCCGUCGCACCUGCUCAGAAAGCCGUCAAAAAGUUCAGGAUGUAUGCCCCCCUCCUCGUCCCUGUGUUUCUCCCCCGCUGAGCGAAACAUGUCGAGCCAGCACACUCAUCCUGGAUUAGGCAACAUCCAGUCCAUGGCAGAACAGCAGCAGGUGCUGUCCGAUAUGACCAUUCUGCAACGGAGGAUCCCCCCGAGUUUUCGAGAUCCAGCGAGUGCACCGCUUAGAAAACUCUCCGUCGAUCUCAUCAAGACUUACAAGCACAUCAAUGAGGUGUACUACACGAAGAAGAAGCGACGGGCGCAGCAGGUCCCGCCAGAGGACUCCAGCACCAAAAAAGAGCGGAAAGUUUACAACGACGGCUACGACGACGACAACUACGACUACAUCGUGAAAAACGGGGAGAAGUGGCUCGACCGUUACGAGAUCGACUCGCUCAUCGGCAAGGGCUCCUUCGGACAGGUGGUGAAAGCGUAUGAUCACCAUGAGCAGGAGUGGGUGGCCAUCAAGAUCAUCAAAAACAAGAAAGCCUUUCUGAACCAGGCGCAGAUCGAGCUCCGGCUCCUCGAGCUUAUGAACAAACACGACACGGAAAUGAAGUACUACAUAGUCCAUCUGAAGAGACACUUCAUGUUCCGGAAUCACCUGUGCUUGGUGUUCGAGCUGCUCUCCUAUAACCUGUACGACCUGCUGCGUAACACUAACUUUCGGGGUGUCUCCCUCAACCUGACGCGGAAGUUUGCUCAGCAGCUGUGCACGGCGCUGCUCUUCCUGGCCACGCCCGAGCUCAGCAUCAUUCACUGCGACCUGAAGCCCGAGAACAUCCUGCUGUGCAACCCCAAACGCAGCGCCAUCAAGAUCGUCGACUUCGGCAGCUCCUGUCAGCUCGGACAGAGGAUUUAUCAGUACAUACAGAGCCGGUUCUAUCGCUCACCCGAGGUUCUGUUAGGGAUGCCGUAUGAUCUGGCCAUUGACAUGUGGAGUCUUGGCUGUAUCCUGGUGGAGAUGCACACGGGGGAGCCCCUGUUCAGCGGCUCCAAUGAGGUGGAUCAGAUGAACAAGAUCGUGGAGGUGCUGGGCGUUCCUCCCAACCACAUGCUGGAUCAGGCUCCUAAAGCGCGAAAGUAUUUCGAUAAGCUCUCAGACGGCCUGUGGACCGUCAAGAAGAACAAGGAUAUAAAGAAGGUACUUUAUCCUUCAGCCUCCGAGUACAAACCUCCCGCCACUCGGCGUCUCCAUGAGAUUUUGGGGGUGGAAACCGGCGGCCCCGGGGGCAGGCGAGCGGGAGAGCAGGGCCACGCCCCGUGCGAUUACCUGAAGUUCAAGGACCUCAUCCUGCGCAUGCUGGACUACGACCCGAAGACGCGCAUCACGCCCUUCUACGCGCUGCAGCACAACUUCUUCAAGAAGACCACGGACGAGGGAACGAACACCAGCAGCUCCACCUCCACCAGCCCGGCCAUGGACCACAGCCACUCCACCUCCACCACCAGCUCCGUGUCCAGCUCGGGUGGAUCUAGCGGUUCUUCCAAUGACAACCGAAACUAUCGGUACAGCAACCGAUACUACAACAGCGCCGUCACACACUCGGACUACGAGAUGCAGAGCCCACAGGCUCCGUCUCAGCAGCAGCUGCGGAUUUGGCCGGGCAGCGACAGCAGCGAGUCCUCGUACCCGCAGCUCCUGCUGCACAAACCCGCCGCCACGCAGCAGCGCCACUUCCUGGGCGGCGCGGCCAUGAUGGAGACUCUGCACCCGCACCCGGUCUACGGCCGACAGCUCCGGCAGCAGGGCCCGGCCCAGGGUCAAGGGCCCCAGGGCCCGGGCUCGCAGGGCCAAGGGCUGCAGGGCCAAGCGAUGAUGUCGUCGCCGCAGUCGUCGUCGCAGGACAGCAUCGAGCUGAGCCUCAGCAGCCACCAUCAGCAUCACCACCAUCACCAGUUGGCUCCGUCUUCCAUGGCUCCGCCCCUUUCUCUUCCUCCGUCGAGCCUGGACUCCAGCCAGUACGGCUCCUCCAACCUCCACCUGGGGAUCUCCGCCUUUCGGACUAGAACGGCCUCUCAGACGCAGCAGAUCGCACAAGCCCCGCCCACUCAGGACAGCAUGGGCUACGUCCCGCCCUGUUACCCCGGGAACAACAAUAACAACCCCACACAGGGAGGCGGGGUCAUCACCGGGGCCCCGCCCCGAGGCGGGGUCAGACCCGACUCGUCGGAGGAGUCCAUCAUGAUGGGGGGCGGGGGGGGCGGAGGCAGCCAGAGCGCGGCCAACUCUUGAUAAAUCUUGAACAAAUUACGCAAAGCCAUACAGGAAAAAUACAAAAAAAUCUAAAAAGUUUUAACAUAAAUGAUUUAAAAACAGAACACACACACACACAGACAUGUAGUACACACACACACACAUACACACACACACUCAGAAAAACUUGUGAAAUAAUUCUUUUGUUUUGGGUUUAUUUGGUUUGCAUGGGGAGGAGGACAGGGAGACGACGGAGAGCAUUUUUAUUUUCUCGUUUGUGUUUCGGUUAGUCGAUCCUGGAGGACGUGAGCAGAGGGUUUCAGAAGGUUUGUUUUUAUUUUUAUGAUUAUUAUUAAUAUUAUUAUUAUUAGAGGAUUUUAUGUGCGUUUGCAGCGAGAGAUUUUCGUUCUGCUUGUGGUGUUUUUGUUCCGAGGCGCAGAUGAAAGUGUGGAACGUUUGAGGGAGCAGCAGGACCGAUUCUUCACUGUUUUCUCUGACACGGUGCCACCAAAGCGUCCCAGGGUUUCACCGAUUCGGGAUCUGAAUGGUUACGUGAUUUAACGACAUUGAUGCAAACCUGAACGUUUCUGCACGUAGCUCCUGUUCUGUCGGUUAAUUAUCAUGUUAGAAUAUCUGCACCAGGGUUUUGGAUCCUGUUGCUUGUAGGUGCUCGGACGCCUCAUCAUAACCUGCGUGCAUAUUCAUGCCUGGUCCAUCAUUAUCUAUCCAAAAUACGGUGUUCCCCUCUUUUUUUAACCCAAUACAAACAUCAGAGCUUCAGGUAUGAGACGAUGCUGAUCUGAUUCCAAAUUCCUCACAGUAAUCCAGUCCAUUCUGUUCCUGCAACAUCAAAGGCUGGACACUGGUUUGUGUUUAGAAUCUUUGGUUCACCUGUCCCGUAUCCAGGUCCAGUCCUGACCGGGCAUUCUGGGGGCGUAACUGUACCCCCACCCUCUCAUAAACGUGAAUAAAAACAAGCUUGAGGUAUCAGAUGAUGCUGAUCUGACUCCAAAAUCCUCACAGUAACUCGGUCCAUUCUGUUCCUGACGGCUGGGCGCUGGUUUGUAUCUAGUACUGACCUGGCAUUCUGGGGGCAUAACUUUACCCCCACCCAAAAAACCCUCUCAUGAAUGUGAAUAAAACUUCAGCAGGUAGCUCAGCACCAGUCGGGGUUCUUUAUUGAAUUCAUGACUGAACUAAAUGGAACAGUGGUACGUCAGCGGUUAAGGUACUGGACUGGUAACUGGUUUAAACCCAACCACUGCCAGGUUGCCUAAACUCUUUUAAUAACGUCUCUGGGACCCAGGAUGGCAGUGCCCACGUACAGAAGCGAAGAUUAACCAUCCACUCCGGGUCUUAUGGUGCAGAGUAUCUCUGGACCUUUGGGGUAGUUGGUGCCUCCUCAGAGCGUGUUCAGCUCACACAGUAGCUCGGUUUGGCAUCGUUAUUUCACGUCAUAUACCCUGCCCUUCUCCUAGUGGUGGCACCGUGUCAGGGGUGGGUGGUGAAGUUUUGAGAGAGUGAAGGAUCCUGUUUGAUGAUGAUGAUGAAGAAGUCGAGCGCUGAUUGUACAUUCUUUAAUUUAUUGGGAAUCACUACAGGAAGAGAGAGAGGGGGCGAGGCCGACUGAGACGGAGGGGGUUUGGGGGUUUCGUUUCCGUUUCGUUUUAAUUUAUUCGACGUGUUAUUUAUUAUUUUGACAGACAGGCAACACGUACGCAUCACACACACCAACACUCACACACACACACUCAGUUUUUUUAUUCGAUUAUUUUUUUAGGAUCUGAUCUCGCUCGAUUGACACACCGGCUUAUCUGAUCUCAUUACUAUGAAACAAAUAAAAUGAAGCAAAUGAGUAAAACCGUAGUGAAACACACACACACACACACACAGGAGGAAGUGAUACAGCAACAAACAACUAAACACACAACAAAGCGCUCGGCCAGACGGAAAAACCAAAAUGCUUCCCUGUUUUCUUUUGUUUUAAACUAUAUUCUGCCUUCAUCAUCUUUCAUACAUUCUCUCUCUCUGUCUCUCUCUCACUGUCUCGCUCUCUCUCUCUCUCUCUCUCUGUCUCUCUCUCACUGUCUCGCUCUCUCUCUCUCUGUCUCUCUCAGAGUGUUGUACAUGCACACUAAUAAUCACUAAUUUAAUAUAAGAAAUUUGAAACAGAUUUGUACUCGCACCAAAAUUCUCCAGUUCAGAUCUCUGCGGUGCUAUCGACCUGGCGGGGCGUCAGACAGGCACAGUCGGGCGUGUCUGAGGGAGGAAGGUUGACAGGGUUCCUUAACGAUGCUGCAAUUGCGACCUCUGCUGGCUGUUUGACGCUCCUGCACGAGCGGUGGCCGAUUGGCAAAAAGCAUAGCGUGACUUUCCAUAAGGGAUUUGGGUCUCGAAGGGGGUGUGUGCUAGCCUGCGCCUGUCCUUGGUCGGGGUGGGGGUGGUGUGAGCUGCGGAGGAGUUAUAAUGGGGAAUUGGAUACGACUAAUAAGGGGAAAUGCGAAAAUAAUUAUACACAAAUUGUUCUGUGCAUGUAAACACACUUUUCUCUUGGCUUCAUAUUUUGAUACCCAUCAGAAUGCACUUUCUCUCUCUGAUUCUCUCUCUGAUUCUCUCUCUUUCUCUCUCUCUCUUUAUUUUCGGUUUGGUCUGUCCUCCCCGUCUCCCCUCAUUCCCUCUCUGCGGCGCUCUGUGAGUGCCGUCUGCCACCAUCCAAUAAAAACACAAAAACAACAAAAAAACAAAAACAAAAAAAUAAGAGAAUAGAAGAAAGUGAACUACUUUUCUCUCGGCUGCUAUCUCCACUCUAAACCAUGUUCGGAUUGCUGCUACAGAAAAACCACAAAUAAAGAAAUAAAUAAAUGAAAUAAAUAAAUGAUUUUAAGAAAAUUUAACCCUCCUGCUUCAGAGAAAUGAGAAAAAAAGAAAUGAAACCACUGCAUCUCAUGUAUUUAUUACUAUUUAAGAAAAAAAGAGAAAAAAACGAAGCUGUUUUCUGCUGGUAUAUUUUUUAUUUUGUUUGCUUUGGUUUGUUUGGGGGGUUUGAUUCUUUCUUUCGGUUGUUUUGUUUUUCUUGGUACAGGUGAAAGCUUGACAUUUCUAUUCUGUAACGGAAACAUGGUAUUAAACAAGUGCCUCGAUUUCUCGGUCAGCCGCCGGACAGAGUGGAACGGGACGGGGGCGAGUUUGAGCAGGGGUCAGACGAAAUGUAUAGCUUAAAAAAAACAAACAAACAAACAAAUUUUCAAGCCUCAUGUUAUUGUGUAGAGAAGAAAAUUCACUACAGUUCAGAUCCUCGUCCACCAAUCGGAUUCCCCCAUUUGAAGCGAGCCUCAGUAUGACUGACCAAUCCCGGAUCUUUAAUUAACUGAUGACAUCAUCCAUUGUAAUUUGUGUACAUAGCACUCAUGCUUCAUUCAGUUAACGGUUAAGCAAUGGUAGGGUGAAAAAUGUCGUUAUAUAUAUAUAUAUAUAUAUAUAUCUAUAUAUUUUUUCUUCUCAAGGCUGCUUCUGGCGACUGGGAUUGGAACCUGCGACCUUGAAGGCAACAGGACCUGCAAAACUACCUUAACUCUCUCACGUUGGCUCACGUCAGUAACGAUGACUGCUGUCCUUUUUGUUGCGGUUAAAACUUGUAAUCGGUCGACACGGCCGCUUUACUUUGUAUUUUCUCAACGCCAUUCUUCAUGAGAAACAUCAUGUCUGAAGUAUUAUCACAUCAUGGGUUUUUUGGUUUCUCUAUUAAAGAGAAAGUUGCCUCUAA